CCGUCGGGCCGCGCCGCCUCCCCGCGCCCCGGCCUGCCUUCCCGCCGCCGCCCGGGCCCGCCUACGGCGCCGCGGAGCCCGAGGCGCCCGUGACGCGUUUUGGCGGCGGCGGCCUCCCAGGCCCCAGCGGGCCCGGCAGCCAUGGCGACUGCCGCGCCCGACUACGAAGCGGCGGAGCUGUACACCCGCGCCUUCGGCGUGGGCGCCCUCGGCCGCUGCUGGCGGCAGGAGCUGGGGCCGCCCGACCUCUCGCUGGCGGUGGAGGGGGCGGCCGGGGCGGCCGCGGCCGUAGCGGCGGAGCUGGGCUGCGCGGCGGAGACGGCGGCCGAGCUGCGGGCCGUCUGCAGCAUUGAUAUGUUAAUGUCUUCUGAUAAAGACAAGGACCCAGAUGUUAUUCCUGAAGAUAGCAGUCUGCUAACUCUUCGAAUUAGAAAGAAGGCAUUAGAAAGGAGAGACGAAACAAUUAUUGUGGAUCGGGCUUGCAGACAAGAAACUCUUGCCUAUGAGAUGGAAUCACAUGCAGUUGGAAAGAGGCCAGACAAUCCAACAGAUCUAAUUGAGGAGGGAGAACUACUUUUAACUCUGAACAUCUUCUAUCCUGUCAUAGUUCAGAAGCAUAAAGAACGCAAACCUUAUCAGACAGUCCUUGUACUGGGCAGUCAGAAGCUCACUGAACUGAGAGACUCAAUUUCCUGCGUCAGUGACUUCCAGAUAGGUGGUGAGUUCAGCAGUCAGCCAGAUCAAGUACCAGAGCACAUCAGCAAGGAUCUCUACAAAUCUGCUUUCUUCUAUUUUGAAGGCAUCUUUUAUAAUGAUAAAAGAUACCCAGAGUGCAGAGAUCUAAGCAGAACAGUUAUUGAGUGGUCAGAAUCUCAUGACAGAGGCUAUGGAAAUCUUCAGUCUGUCAGAAUGGAGGACUACACAUUUAAUGAUUUGUCCCUCAAAAUUGGCUUUCCAUACCUCUUCUGCCACCAAGGGAACUGUGAGCACAUCAUUAUCAUCACAGAUGUAAGGCUCAUUCAUCAUGAUGACUGCCUGGACAGGAACCUCUAUCCCUUGCUAAUCAAGAAACACUGGUUAUGUACCAGAAAAUGCUUUGUGUGCAAAAUGUAUACAGCCAGGUGGGUAACGAAUGAAGACAGUUUGGCACCAGAGGAUCCUUGUUUCUUCUGUGAUAUCUGUUUUCGGAUGCUCCAUUAUGAUGCAGAAGGCAAUAAACUGGGGGAGUUUCUUGCAUAUCCUUAUGUUGAUCCUGGGAUUUUCAACUGAAACUGACAUGACCCAGAACUCUGUGAACUGUGUUGGUGAAUCUGUUGCUCUGGCUACUAAAAACACCAGACAGCUUGAGUUUUGAGCAUAUUCCUGGGUUUUGGGUUAGGUUUAUAAUACUCUCCCCUGAGAUGGAAGGAGCCCUUUACACUUGAAGUCUUUCUGGUUUGUUUUUCUGAGUAAGUAUGGUUUAAAAGGUAAGUUAAAAUUGAAAAAUACACUUGGACACUACUUUACUUUACUCAGUUUAUUAAAAACUUUGACAACAGUACAGUAGUUUGGAGACUGUGGACUCUAAAAAUACAGAUUUUUAAAGAGAGAAUACCUUGCAAAAACAGAUGUGAUUUUUGAGAAGUUCUGUGCAUCCAAGGCUCUGUUAACCACAAAGGAUGAACAUUGUCUUUUGGCAUCUUAGCUUGAAAACUGUGUCAGUUGUCAUCUCUGAAUAAAGCACUGAAUAGUGAAUAGCACUGAAUUUGUGGGGAAGAGAAUGGUGUCUGAGACAGAAGCUCACAGUGCUUGUUAACUUCUAAGAUCUUUCCUGCAAACAGAGGAGUGCUUGCAUCUGUAAGCCGCUGCUGUCCUUGCAUUCUGACUCUGAGUACUGAAUCUGUGAAGAGUAAACUACAUUUCACCUAUUACUGAAUUGUAGCCUGCCUUUCAAAUAACUUUGUUAACUGUUUACAGUGUGUGCGGUUUUAAUGCUUCAUAGUGUUCAUUGUGCACUUCUUUUUGUAGUACCAUUCUGUUAUUUUAAGUAUUGUUGGUUUUCAUUGAGGUGUGGCCAAUUUGUACUUGUUAGUCUGAUGUUGAAACUCUACUUGCCAAGACAGAAUAUACUUACCUAGUGCCUUGCUUUUUAAAGUCAUGUGGAAUUCAGAGGAUUUUAGUGGAGAUCUUUGCUGUUUAGGAAAGCUAGUAGUGCUAGCUGCUUUUCUUUUGAAAGCUUCAGCUAGUUCUCAAAAAAAAAAUCUAUUUCUAGUUGGUGUAAAAGACAGCCAACUUUGAUAACCUGAUACAGAGAUGUAUCUGACAAAUCUAAUUCUAUUCAGGUGAUGUGGCUGCAGAUUUUGCAAGUGCUUAUUUGAGUAUCUUAGAUGUCUUCAAACAAAAGUGUCUUAAGCAUUUGCAGGACUCCAUUCAUCAGUCACAUAUUUGACUGCUUUCUGAUGGUGUAUUAGGUCAUGUGGAUAUAAAUCUGUGCUUUUUUUUAGGACAAAAACCAAAAGGUGAUUUUUUUUUUUGUCUUUUAAGUCUGCCAGCUGUUGACCUGUGUAUUUUGAAAAUGGAGUAGUGAAGGAAGGAUUUUUAACAGCAGGUGGUGAUAGUUCUCUUAUCCUUCAGGAAUGUGCAGAAGAGGGAGUGCUCUGCCCACUGUAAUUGUCACCAGUUAAACUGCUAGGACUGGACUGCUUUGUGGUGCUGUGGCAGCUGCUUCAAAGAUCUCCCACAGGACACCUCUGGUUGCACCUUCAGUAUUUGCCUCUUAAGUUGUUACUCUUCAUCUUUCCCCAAUCUCAUCCUCUGUCAGCUGUCUCCUGGUAACAUAGGAGCUUCCCAGUCCUCUUCAGUAUUGGAACUGAAAUCAUGUAGACAGCUGGUAUAAUUUCUAAAGAUACUGUAUGUUUGUUUGUUUGCUGGCUCCUUAUGCUGAAUUCUAAGGUGGCAAUCAGUAGUGUUUUUGUGGUGGUUUUUCUUUUUUUUCUUUUUUUUUUUUUUUCUUUAGCAGGAAGGAGAAGGGAGUGGCCAAAAUGUGAAUUUGUUCUUUCAUUAAACUCAUUCUGCUUUGAUAUGCUAUCUUACACCCAACCCAUUUACCUACUUCGCAGUAAAAAGUUAUGGUCAAAUAUAUUUCAAAAUUGCUGUCCCUGCAGAUUAAGGAAUUUGGUAGGGCUAGUCCCAUAUUUCCAGCUAGGCAAAGAGAAGCUGGCCACAAUCUGGGUGUGAGUUGAGUGCAUCCUACAAAACAGAAAAGAUCUCGUGUCAGGAGCUGCUGUUUGUGUGCUCUGGUCCUAUUUAAUAUUGAAUGAUUCAACUUAAAUGAUGAAUGGAACAAAAAGGUUGCACUAAAUCAUAGUUUGUAGAGAUACUUUACUUCCCAAGAGCUGUCAUAGGACAGCUGGGUCUGGUCUUGAUUUAAUACGUCUUUCUGAAUGAAUCCUCUGAGUGAAAUCCAGCAUUGUACCCAGCUGCCAAUUUGUAGUUAAAUUUCUGUAACACCAGUUGGAUAUUUGUAUUUGGGCUAUUUGCUAAAUGCUGUUAGUGUUUCAGUGAUCAAAACUUCCAAGCAGAUUUAUUACUUAAUGAUGAAAAAUGAGAAAAUUUUUUUAAUAA